ACCAGCCGAAAACAGCUCAACCUGCUGACCUGUGGCCGGUUCCAGGCCGCCCAGAGGCGGCUCUACUCCACGGAGCCCAAAGGAGGACCACCAGGAGGAGGAAGACCCGGUGGAGGGAAGAGAGGAGGAAAAGACUGGUGGAGUCGAAUGCAGAAGGGGGACUUCCCCUGGGACGAGAAGGAUUUCCGUUACAUGAUGCUCACCCUGGCCGGGGUCAGCUCGGCUGUGCUCUACUUCUACUUCCGAGACAACGGCAGAGAGAUCAGCUGGAAGGACUUUGUCCACCGCUACCUGGGCAGAGGCUUGGUGGAGCGGCUGGAGGUGGUCAACAAGCAGUACGUGAGGGUCAUCCUGGUGCCGGGAGGAGACAGUGAAACGAGCUACGCCUGGUUCAACAUCGGCAGCGUCGACACGUUCGAGAGGAACCUGGAGGCUGCGCAUGUGGAGCUGGGCCUGGAGCCGUCACACCGAGCUGCCGUCAUCUACAGCUCCGAGAGCGACGGCUCCUUCCUGAUGAGCAUGAUCCCCACCCUGCUGCUGAUUGGCUUCCUCCUCUUCACCCUGCGACGGGGACCAAUGGGAGGAGGCGCGGGCGGGGGGAGGAGCCCCUUCAGCAUGAGCGAGUCCACGGCCAAGAUGAUGAAGGACAACAUCGAGGUGAAGUUCAAAGACGUGGCGGGAUGCGAGGAGGCCAAGCUGGAGAUCCUGGAGUUCGUCAACUUCCUGAAGAACCCGCAGCAGUACCAGGAUCUGGGAGCCAAAAUCCCCAAAGGCGCCGUGCUGUCCGGCCCCCCCGGGACGGGGAAGACUCUCCUGGCCAAAGCCACGGCGGGGGAGGCCAACGUGCCCUUCAUCACCGUCAACGGCUCAGAGUUCCUGGAGAUGUUCGUGGGCGUCGGCCCCGCCAGAGUGAGGGACAUGUUUGCCAUGGCCAGAAAGAACGCGCCCUGCAUCCUUUUCAUCGACGAGAUCGACGCCGUGGGGAGAAAGCGAGGAGGGGGAAACUUCGGGGGUCAGAGUGAGCAGGAGAACACCCUGAACCAGCUGCUGGUGGAGAUGGACGGUUUUAAUACAGCUACUAAUGUGGUGGUCCUGGCCGGAACCAACAGGCCUGACAUCCUGGAUCCUGCACUGAUGAGACCCGGGCGCUUUGACAGACAGAUUUAUAUAGGCCCUCCGGACAUCAAAGGAAGGGCGUCGAUCUUUAAAGUCCACCUGCGACCAAUCAAAUUGGACCCCGGUCUGGACAAAGAUGCCAUCGCACGCAAAAUGGCUGCAGCCACUCCAGGAUUCACUGGUGCCGACAUCGCUAACGUCUGCAACGAGGCGGCUCUCAUCGCCGCCAGGUACCUGAAUCCAUCGGUCAACGCGAAGCACUUUGAGCAGGCCAUCGACCGGGUCAUCGGAGGUCUGGAGAAGAAGACCCAGGUCCUGCAGCCCGCAGAGAAGAAGACGGUAGCAUAUCACGAGGCGGGGCACGCCAUCGUGGGCUGGUUCCUGCAGCACGCCGACCCUCUGCUUAAGGUGUCCAUCAUCCCCCGGGGGAAGGGUCUGGGCUACGCUCAGUACCUGCCCAGAGAGCAGUACCUGUACAGCAAGGAGCAGCUGUUCGACCGGAUGUGCAUGAUGCUGGGGGGCCGCGUUUCCGAGCAGGUCUUCUUUGAACGCAUCACCACCGGAGCUCAGGACGACCUGAAGAAAGUCACGCAGUCCGCGUACGCACAGGUGGUGCAGUUCGGCAUGAGCGAUAAGGUGGGCCAGGUGUCGUUCGACCUCCCGCGGCAGGGCGAGAUGGUCCUGGAGAAGCCCUACAGCGAAGCCACGGCCGAGCUCAUCGACGCCGAGGUCAGGGCGCUGGUGGAGCGCGCCUAUGAGCGCACGCUGCAGCUCAUCAAGGACAAGAAGGACCUGGUGGACCUGGUGAGCUGUGGGCUUUAA